AUGGAUGAAAACCGGUAUCGGGAGGAAGUCCUGCGGCUUUCCGACGGCGAGACGGAGGAGGAGGUUGAAGAAAGGCUUCUCGCGGAAGCGCGCGAGCUGGGACUCAAAGUACCGGAGAUAGAGAUCGCGGCUUCGUUUGCGGCAUCGAUUUCGUCGGGUGUUUUGGACACUUCAUCCCCUCGCAGUUCGAGCGUUGCACGCCAUUCCCUUGACCGCAGUUCGCUAUCGGAUUGUGUUACUCCCGGUGCGACGUCCGUUGACCAUCUCGCACACUCGUUUUCAGAAACCACCAUCUCCGAUAACGUCCCUUCCGGCAGCCUGCCCUCUAUCGACUCUUCGUCCACGCGUCUCACUUCGUUUAGCUCCAGUGAUGGCAGGCUAGCCCACAUCAGCCCACUAAGGCGCAAUGGGUCAAUGUCGAGUGCCGCGAGCUCAGCCAGACGGAAGCGAACAAGCUUUAUCAAUGCUAUCGGUAAGCUUCCGUUUCGCAAGCGCCGAUCGACCUCCAGCGUGGCCCUGCCUCCGAGUACACAAAUUACCGUGCAAAGAAAGGAGGGAAAUGUCGACACGGUUCUUAUAGAGACCAAGGCAGAAACCCCCGAGCCUACGGAGACCUCAGAGGGCGAGGAAAUACUCAAAGUGGAGGUCCCACUAUUUGAUGAGGCAGCAUUGCAGAGGAGCUUGGACAACCCAGAACUCAAGGAAAUGUACGAGUCACAUAAGAUGGAAAGGCUGCGCUUUAUUGCAUUGCAAAACGAGACUCUGGACUCGUUGAGGCAAAAACAUAGCGCCGCUAUUGCUGAGAAGAAAUUGGAUAAUGAACGGAUGGAGAAGGCUAAGUCUGAACAGGUGAGAGUUUAUCCGAAUCUCACUGUGUAUAAUGCUGCUCAUGUGGCUCGUAUGGAGGAACGGCACCUGAUUAUUGAAGCGGAGCAGCUGAAGGAAUUCGAGAGGGAGAAAAGGAAUUCUCGAACCCGCAUCAAAUACAUGGAAGGCUAUCUGAACACACCCAGCCCGCCCCAAUCGCCCUCGUCGGGGUCCGACUCGGGUCAUGACCCUGUUCAGCCGACGCGCAAGAUUACCCGUCGCCAGAGGGAGCAGCUGACGCAGGAGUAUCUCGAUCGUGAUUCCAUGGAUCGACUGCAUGAGGCCCGACUAAAAGUGCUUCGGGACCGACAGGAGCGGCAAUUGCAAGAAACAAUCUCGCGAUUAGAAAAGGAAUUGGAGAGUCUCAUCGAGAAAAAUUCCGAAGCUCUUGCCGAACUAGAAAGGGAGCAUCAGCGCGAAGAGCAGGCGGUCCUGCAGGCCUUCGACGUCAAGAAAGCAAAGCUGAGACGCCGCUGGAACCUGGAGGAGGCGAUACUGCGCAAAAAGCUCGAAAUGCGGGAUGGACUGCUGUACGGACCGUUGCCGGCGCUAUCAUUUAGCAGUACGGAUCCAGAGAUACCGACUCUCAAUAAUCCCCUUGUAGACAACAGGCCGUCCGCGACUGCGCACUAA